AUGAACCGCGUCCACAAGAAGACGGCGUCCACGUCGACGAUCGUGUCCGGAAACAACGUCCCGUUCAUCUUGGCGCGGGCGGAGGGCGAAGAGGGAAAGCGGGCCAGCCUGGACGGGAAGCAGAAGCUGCAGGAGGAGUUCGAGAGGAAACAUGAGUCGCAGGACUCUCGGGCAGACGCGGAUGUUGAUUGGGUCUUCUGGGGAGACGUCGUGUCUGACUACCAGGCGUACGCUCAGGCCUAUCCGAGGCAGCUCGCAAAAGCGAUUGAGAAGGGCAUACCAAAAAGCCUUCGCGGAAUGAUUUGGCAGCUAAUGUCUGCAUCCAAGGAUCCCGAACUAGAACAGACGUACUUGAAGCUUCUCAAGGAGAGCAGUCCACAUGAAAAGGCUAUCUCGCGAGACCUGGGAAGGACCUUCCCUCAUCACGCUUUCUUCACGGAUGGGCACGGUAUUGGUCAGGAGAACCUGUUCAACGUGCUAAAAGCCUACUCGCUGUAUGAUACUGAGGUUGGGUAUUGUCAAGGUUUGCCCUUCGUCGCAGCCAUCCUAUUGCUCAAUAUGCCAGACGAAGAAGCGUUCUGCUUGCUCGUCAGAUUAAUGCACUCGUACGACCUGAGAGGGCACUUCCUACCAGAGAUGCCUAAGUUGCAGCAACGCAUGUUCGAUCGCUUAGUAGAGGAAGUUCUUCCUGUACUACACGUCCACUUUAUCCGCCAAGGCAUCAAGUCGAGCAUGUACUGUUCGCAGUGGUUUCUGACGAUGUUCAGCUAUAAGUUCCCCCUUGAUGUUGUAUUCCGAAUAUAUGAUAAUGUUCUUGCGAGUGGUGUUGAGGCCUUAUUUUCCUUCAGUCUCUGCUUGCUUUACAAGAACGAAGAGGCGCUCCUGAACGUGAAGUUUGACCAACUACUGGUCUUCUUGAACACCAAGAUGCUGGACACCUAUCAAAUCAGCGAGGCGAAAGGCGAAAACGGCGCUAAGAUUCCCAUGUAUGACAUAAAUCAAUACGUGCAAGAUGCAGUCUCCAUGAGCAUCACGCCCUUCAUGCUCGAUCAAUACGCGAACGAGUACGACGAGCUUGUACGCACACGUGAUGCCCAGCUCAUCGAGAUGGACGCCUUGCGAAACAGCAAUCGAAACCUCUCUGCCCAAGUGAACAGUUUGGAGAACAAUUUGGCGCAGUUGAAUGCAGAACAUGUAAAAAUCCUGAAUGAGCUGGUCAUGGCUCGAUUGCGGCACGAGGAGCUUGAGUCUGAGCUGGUCCGCUACAAGUUGCUAUACGCAGAAGCCAUGCACCAAAGCGAAGAUGCACUCUCACAGCACCGGAUGUCCAGAAUGAGUAUGUUUAGCAGACGCAGCAGUGGCAAUACAGGAUCGUAA